AUGCAGCACUCACGGAUCUCCACGGCUGACGCGGACCUCGGGUCGUGUGACUACUUCGACUGCGAAAGAUUGUGCUCGUACCAUCGAAUCCUAGAUCUCUGGGCGUUUCGAGCAUUGCUGCGAGAUCGCCUCCUGUCGGCGGAAGAUUUUCUGACGGUCCUUUCGGCGGAGUGGGAGCAGACGCUGCUGCCCAGCCUCGUCACAGCGGGCAACAUCACAUCCUUUUUUGAGGAGUACGACCAGUGGCAGGUUAUCGUAAUGAAGAUGGCGUGGAAAAGCGCUCUCAGGCGAGAACCCGUGGAUCUUCUGAGGCCAAACCCCUUGUACCUGGAUUCGGUAGGACAACUCAUUGAGGCGCAGGAGGGUUGGAAGGACGGCGGGUUCUUGUCUGUGCAGUGGAGGACGGAGACGUCCACCGGAAACUUGACGGAGUGCUACGGGCUCCACGUGCGGUCGGCUGUAGAAGAGCGGCGUCUGUCGUUGGGGUUUAGUCGAAGUCAGGUGUUCUUCAACACCGACCUGGUGGGGGAGACCUCGACAACCUACAACGCCACGGUGGUGUCCGCGAACAACGGCGUCGUGGAUGCAAUCCGCGGGGACUACCCUUGUGCGAUGGAUAACACCGUCUACGACAUCCUAAAUGACGAGCGGGACGCAGGCGUGAAGGCAAUAAUCUCCGGCUUGAUCUCCGCCUCGGCGGACUUCCUGCUAACCUCCUCUUUCAACGGCACCGGCAGCAACGAGUGUCAGAAGCCUCACUCCAAGUACAUCGACCUCGUCACGGACUGGCGGUUGGAAGUGGUCGGGAAAGACCUCUCCUCUAUCGGGCAGAUGCUACCGCCACCGCUGCUCGUAGAGGGCGGCGGGGACGGCCAGCCUCUCGCUCUGCUUGUGCUUUUGGCCGGACUUGUGGCUCUGGCGGCGGUGUUGGUUUGGGACCAGCGUGUGAUCGGACGCCCCCGAUCCAAGAAGGUCCCGUAGGCAAGGGCAAUUGACCACUCCACGGGUAAAGAACAGUUUUUCGUGGUGCUGCGGAUUCGCCCUGCCGGGAUUCGUGAUUGUCGACCGGGCUAGUGCUGAAAAUGCUGGGGGGGGUAGGAUUUGUCCAACUGUGAAAGUGGGCAAGUAGAGAGUAGACCGUUGCCGGGUCUGAUCGGGCAGCUGCUGUAUAUAUGCAUGGUAUUUGGAAGUACUGUAGUUUGUCUUUUGCGCAGGGCAAGCGUACAUGAAUGCUGAAAUCUGAGGACACGUCUGAGGCCGAGAAGGGCAGAAAGCAUAAGGCCCAAAUUGUACCAUAAACAAAAAGUAUUAGGGUUAGGAAUGCCCGCCCCAAGUCUCCCGUUCAAAACGUUUUCGUGCUAGUCCCUUCCAUUCUGUUGGACCUUUCCCGGAUGUGAUGUGGGUGUUCAAUUGUGUAUGCUUCUGUAUACUUUGCUUUGUAGCUGGGUGCGGCGUGGGUGAGCGUGGCGAAUCACCGGCGCAGACUGUAGAUCUUGAGCUCUCCACAUGGUAUGUGGGGAGUGACACGGGCGGUACAACCGUGGAGAAAUACUGUUUCAUCCAGCCUAGGAGGUGUGCGAGGGAGGUUAGAAUCAUGCGUUGGUUGUCUUUAUGUUUGAUCUUUGGUUCUCGUUUUGUUCGGUUUACUUGGCAUCGCAUGCCAACAGGGGGCGAUGGUUUCCCAUUUACCCAACAUGUCGCCGGUGAUGUCUGGACGUUAGUGGCGUUUGUUUUUCCCUCUGGUACUGUUCAAUUUUCGUCAUCAUGUGGUAAGGUUUGUGUUGAUAUUCCAGGCCCUUUUAUUCUAGCGCAUACUUCUUUUUGGGGUACAGCAGUUGCCCUGUGACCACGCAAGGCAUCGUGCAAGUUCGACGGACGUUAACAGACUCUGAGCAGAAAUCAGAAAGUAUUAAUUUUGUUAUUACAUAGUUUCGGACUGGGGCUCCAAAUUUGCUGAGAUAAGGAAACAGAUUUUGAGAUAAGAAAGCUUCCUGGAAACUUCCUGCAGGCGAAUAUUUUCCG